CUAAACAACUACUUCCGUAGAGGCGGGUCCAGUACACUCUUCUCCGGUUGGUCGUUGAAGCUCAGAGUGACACGGUAGCCAAUCGCAAACGAGAACCUCUUUUGUUUACGCCGGUUAUUUCCUGGUUUACUUCCAGCCGCACCAGCCAGUAGCAUCACGUUGUUAGCCACAUGAGUCCCCAUGUCCACGGUAUGUGCGGUCCUCUACUCAUUUAUCAACAUAACGGAACAUGUUCCGCUUUUAUAAACUUACCAGCUUUACUCCCUGAUCAUCUGAGCUACUCGGUGGGUCUACCAGAUCACUUUUAUGGCUCAUUGACGUCAUUUAGCAAGUUAGCACGAUGCAUUUCUUGAGAGGUGUGAUCUACAUGAUGCAUGAUCAGGAUUUCUGCUCACUAUUGAAUCUCUAAAGAGUUCUCCCACAUGGAUUCCUCGUGCAGAUAAACAUCAUUCCAAUCCUUGUCAGAUCUUAAUUAAUCCUUUCUAACUAUCGGUAGGUCACAGUUUGAUCCCAUAUAUACUGACCAGGAAAGGUCCACACAGCCACAGUACCACCUAUCAACAGCAGAUAGUCGGGCCGCCACAGAGUAGAAGAUGACUGAACCAGAGUUAUUGACCGAAGUCCCCGCGGCUCUGAAGCGCCUGGCCAAGCAGGUGGUGCGGGGUUUCUACGGGAUGGAUCAUGCACUCGCCUUGGACGUCCUGAUCCGCAACCCCUGUGUGCGGGAGGAGGACAUGCUGGAGCUGCUCAAGUUCGACCGCAAGCAGCUGCGCUCGGUGCUCAACACGUUGAAGGGCGACAAGUUUGUCAAGUGCAGAAUGAGGGUGGAGACGGCCCCGGACGGCAAGACAACGCGCCACAACUACUAUUUCAUCAACUACAGACUGCUGGUCAACGUGGUCAAGUACAAGUUGGACCACAUCCGGCGCCGCAUCGAGACGGACGAACGGGACUCCACCAACCGCGCCUCCUUCCGCUGCCCCUGCUGCUUCUCCGUCUUCACGGACCUGGAGGCCAACCAGCUGUUUGACCCCAUGACAGGGACCUUCCACUGCACCUUCUGCCAGACGGAGGUGGAGGAGGACGAGUCGGCGGUGCCCAAGAAGGACGCCCGGACGCAGGUGGCCCGCUUCAACGAGCAGAUCGAGCCCAUCUACGUGCUGUUGCGCGAGACGGAGAACGUCAACCUGUCCCAAGACCUGCUGGAGCCCGAGCCCUCGGAGAUCCCCGCCCUCAAGCAGAGCCGCGACCGCGCCGCCGCGCUCCUGGGCGCCUCGGGGCCCCAGCGCGAGGCCUGGACCAGCAAGGGCCCGUCGUACGGCGACAUGUACACCCAGAACGUGGUCAUCAGCAUGGAGGAGCAGGAGGACCAGCGCCGUCAGGCCAACGAGGGCAAGCCCGUCAAGGAGAGGCCCGUGUGGCUGACCCAGAGCACCGUGCAGGGAGCCUACAGCGAGCCGGACGCCGCCAAGAACCCCGGAGAAAUCGCCGGCAGCCAGGACGGCGCCGGGGCCCACGGAUUGGACCAAUCGGACGAGAACGAGGAAGUGAUGCGUGCCCUCCUCAUCCACGAGAAACGGGGCGCGGCCGGCGCCGGCGGAGGCGGAGCGACCAGCGGGGCGAGCGCCGCGGCCGCCGCCCGCACCCUGGCCACCGCCGGCGGCAGCGACUCGGACAGCGACACCAGCGAGUCGGACGACGACAAGCCCGCGGCCCCUCCCCUCGUGGCGGCGGCGGCGGCGGCGGCUCGACGUGCCGGCGGCGGCGGCGGGGGGGGCGCGUCCAAGCGGCAGCACCAGGAGAUGGACGACGACGACGACGACGAGUUCGAGGAGGUGGGCGACGAGCCCACGGUGAUGGUGGGCGGGAAGUCGUUCUCCUACCGGGAGGUCAGCCAGCGGCCCCAGCUGGUGGAGCAGAUGAGCGCGCAGGAGAAGGAGGCCUACAUCGAGAUGGGGCAGAACCUCUUCCAGGACAUGUACUUCUGAGGAAGACGCAUAAAACGCUCGCGCACGCACACACACGGCUGCGUAAGAGGAUGGGCUUGAGGCGGGACGGGAGACGCGUAGCGAUCGGGUUUCGUUGCCUGCCUUCCGCCAGGUCGUCCAUGCUUUAAGUAUUGUGUCCCCGAGUAUUUCCUCAAGUCGACACUCUCGACUUGGAGGACUUGACUUGGGAAUCGGCAGGCUUUUUUUUUACUGAGUGCCAAUUUAUACUUUUGGUUUGUUUUCGUGGGGCUUCUGGUAUUUGUACAUGCUUCGGUCCCCGGCUUGAAUCUCAAGCCUGAGUACCACAAUAUGGUCCCGACGUUUUUUUAGAAGCCUUCCAAAAUCGGAAGUGUAAUUGCUGAUGAUAUGCAGAAUCAUGAUGGUUAUGUUUGACUUGAGCAGUUGAAUAAACAAGAUGGGGAACAGA